AGCUGGAUUGCAGCCAGUUUCUCGGGGAUUGGGCUCUGUCAAUACAUGUAACAAUGGGUCUGUCAGUAACGUUUAAUAAUUGUCCAUGCAGCUAUUGUUUAUUCAGCGGCAGGUGAAUCAACAGGUUAACGUGUGAUGGCGUUUCGUGACAGUUCUAACCGACGUUUACACUAAACACCCACUCACACCGUAUGAGGAUGCUGCUUAGUCAACUGGCUAUAAGCAGCAGCUGCGCCUGCGGGCAGGCUGCCGUUAGUCUCGUUUUAUUAGCGUGAUUUUUUUGAGAUGGCGGUUAGCAUGUGGAGUUUACCAGUGACGUUUUGCUGCAAAUAGUCAGCGAGGCUCCAUGUAAAACAACAAAAUCUCGGCUCAUCGAAGGUUUCUCUGACCAUGGAUCCGACCUGCAGUGGGUCUGUGGCUCCGGCCGGUUUGACGGUCCAGGUGUGCUUCCCAGGCGCCAGAGCAGCUGUUUUGGACAAUCUGAACCGGCAGCGGGAGGAAGGCAGGCUGUGCGAUCUCUCCAUCCAGGUGCAAGGUCAAGUGUUCAGGGCUCACCGCUGUGUCCUCGCUGCAUCCUCACCUUACUUUCAUGAUCAGGUGUUACUGAAAAAUGUUACAACUGUCUCCCUGCCCUCAGUCAUGGACCCAGUUGCCUUUGAGAGCGUCCUGAGUUCUGCGUACACUGGCCAGCUGAGCAUCGUGCAUGACGAUAUCGUCAACUAUGUCACCGUGGCCAGUUUCCUCCAGAUGUGGCACAUCGUGGACAAAUGCACCGAGAUCCUGAAGAGGCCUCGGUCCUUAGCAGAGGGCGCCUCUGGGGAGGCUGCCGUCGCAGCUCACCCCGGCUCUGCAUCUCGCCAGCAGUCCCCGAGCAGCACGGAGUGCCUGUAUGCAGAAAGGGAGGGAAGGAGGAGGGAGAAGAAGCCAGAUUCACUGCCUCCUUUGGCUACAUGGAGACGCCCACAGCAGUUCUCAAGAUGGGGACGCCCUCGACCCUCGUCAGCCCAGCACUUGGCUGAUUCACAGCUGGACAGCCUUCCUGGCUAUGUGGAGACUGAUUACACCAGCUGCGAGGAGACAUGGGUAUCGUGCAAUGCUAAGACGAGUCACUUUACUCAUGACGGACCUGGACACAAUGCCCGGCACCAUGGGGGGUUUUUGGGUGCUGAGGCUUUAAAGCAGAAAGUCAGAUUUCAACAGCGGGGGGCACCACAGACCUCUGAUCGACCACUCGAUAAGAAUAGAGAGAGUGGGGAUGGUGAUGAGACGCAGGAUAAGAGGAGGAGUGAGAGAAGAGAGAUUGAGGCGGAUGAAGGAGUAGGAGAAGAGACGGGGAAGAAGGAAGGCUUUGCACAAAUGGGACACUGUGCAGACUUUCACUCAGUUUCAAAUGAAAAUGAUGAAGCUGGACAUGUUGCAGGGAAGCAGAGUGCAGACGUGAUGAAGCAAAGAGAUUUGGUAGGAAGCGAUCCAGCCACAGACCUGCCCAGUCUUCAUGGUUGCCAAACAGGUGACGCAGUUCCAGACCCUUCCUGCCCGUCCUCAGCGAGGCUUCAGUGGCAAACAGGUGCCUGGUCUCAGCAAGAGCAGAGGCCUCAGGAAGGAGAGGGCGGCAGCUGCAGUAAAGAUGAGGAUGAUGAAGAGGAGGAUGUGGAUUUUGAAUGUUUCACAGAAGCGACCUAUAGGAGAGGCACUUACGAUGAGAUUGAAGAUGGCACAGGACAGGUUUCCCAGCGGCCUUUGGUCCCCGUGUCUCCUGACUUUACAGUGGCGGGCGCGGAGGUGAAUUGGCAGGGUGGCUCUUUGACCCCUACCUCCAGUCGCCAUUUGUCCUCAUCUUCUGCUGCAUUUCCACCGCCCCCUUCACCUCCAACCCCAUCUUCAUCAUCCUCAGUGUCCCUCGCUGCUGCGCCCUACACGGGCAAAGUACACUUCUGCCACUGUGGGAAAGCCUACACCCUGAAGAGUAUGCGUGACCGGCAUGUGAAGAUGCAGCACCUCAAUUUACGGCCCUUUGGGUGUCCUGUUUGCACAAAGUCCUUCAAAAUGAAGCACCAUCUCACUAAGCACCUUAAAACCCACGGAGGGCUGCGGCCCUAUGAAUGCAGCCUCUGUGGGAAGAAAGUCAUUUGGAGAGACAGCUUCCUGAGACAUCAGGCCCGAUGUGAGAGACUUGCUUCCAGCUCCUCGGCGAACAGCAACAGUGCAAGCGCAGCAGCAGAUAUGGAUGAUGGCUACAGUUAUGGAUUUGAUGAAGGGGAAGCCUUUCUCCCCACUGGAGGACAGGUGAAAGUUGAGGAAGUGGAUUUUCAUAAGGAGAUAGAGGAUGGGAUGGGUGGGCUUUUGGGUAGUGUUUCUGGGAUAGUUGCUGAGCUAAGAACCCAGACGCAAAACUUGGACCCUGGCAGUCACGUUUUUAAAGAGGAGGCCAGCGAGAGCUUUACCUGAAAUUAAACGUUUAUGUGGAAAACGGUGAUUUAAAGCACUUACUGUAAAGUUUGAAGAAGGAUUUUGCUUAAAUUGCCAUGAAAUGUCAUCCGAUCUUCACACAAUCUGAAUAAACGAAGAACACAA